AUGUCUAGGCUAACUUACGAUUGCAUUAGAUCAAUCUUAGAACAUGAAGACCAAAACUUGAGUGAUGGGAUAAUUGUCCAGAUUUUGAACCCAAAGGUGUCUACUCUCGAAGACAAAAUUUACUGAAAAGGGGCUAUUUCUUGAGGUAACCUUAGCGUUUACUGUGUGAUCAAAGGCACAUGCGCGAAAGAAUCAAAGGAGCAAUACGGGGCAUAUGAGCUCAACAAGUACGACGUGGUGAAGUUUACCAAAUGGCAGGUCAAAGAAGCAGGCUCAUCUACUUCCAAGCAAAAGACUUUCUUAAUUAUAAGUGGGCCGUAUCAAAUACUGAAAACUGGACUGACUUCAAAUAUUGGAAAUCCCAGAAGUUAUUAUGAUUUCCCACGUGGAGAAGGGAUUCCAGCUCCUGAUCCCAAGAACUGAAUUAUUCCUGGUAGUGCAUCUACAAAGGAAGAGGUAAAAGAGAGUCCCGCAAUAAAAUCCAAAGGAAGAAAAUCUACAAUUAGAAUGGAUGGAUCUCCCUCAAAAGAUGUCACUGAUGAUUACAUGCCAAUUAAAGCAAUCAGUAAUCAAACUUUUGACUGGGUAAUUUUAGCAAAAGUGACUAGUAAGUCAGCAAUCAGGCAUUACAACAAUAAAAAUGGUCCAGGAAAGCUGUUCAAUGUUGAGUUAGCAGAUGGAUAUGGAACUCAAAUUCAAGCAACAGCCUUCAAUGCAGUUGUAGACAAAUUUUAUGACAUGAUAGAAGUUGGAAAAAUCUAUAGGAUCUCGAACUGCUCAGUAAAAGUAGCAAACAAGAAAUUUUCAAGUAUCAAGCAUGACUAUUGCCUCUUUAUUAAUGAAAACUCUACAUUUGCGAUAUCGGAAGACCAAGGGGCAGAUAUAUAGCAGAUGUUCAGAUUUCAAGAAUUGGACUUCACAUUGUAGCGAAUACUUCGGAAGGAAAUGCUCUAGAUUUAGUAUGAAUUCCUAUCGAAGAUUACGGAACAAGAGAGAUCCUGACUAAAUCCGGGCAGACUAGAAAACUCAGAACUAUCCUUGUUGUUGAUGACACCAAGACUGAGAAAAUGGAAGAAGACGAAGUUCUAGGCAUCGAAGUCCAGAUCUGGGGAGACAAACCUGAGAAUAUCAGGAUCGAUGAGGGCAAGAUACUCGUAAUUAAAGGAUGCAGGACUAAUAAAUUCAGAGAUAAUAUCAGCAUCACUUGUGGAGAUAAUAAUAGUUUCUACUACUUUGAAGAUGUCAAACAUAUAAAGGAAAUGCUUUUGGUCAUGAAAUGGUAUAAAGGCAUUACUAAGGGAGGUAAAGAUAUAAAAAGCAAGGUAGUAAAUAUUUCAGGAGAAAGCUCAGAGGAUUCAUCAAAGACACCCACUAGAAUGCUUAUCCAAGCUGAUAUAGAAAGACUUGAGUAUUACUACACCUAUGUUACUCUUGACUUAAUAAGGGCAGAUGAGAGAGCUGUUUAUACUGCAUGCCCAGAAUGAAGGAAAUAAAAUUGAUCAAAGUAUUGAAGGAAAAUGGGAAUGACAUGCUUGCAGUAAAGCUUUCGAUAAGCCUAACUAUACUUACAUGCUAAGUUGUAAAAUAUCAGAUGGAUAUGCCUAUGGUGAACGAGUUGGAGUAAAAUGGCUGAGUGCCUUCGGAGAUCAAGGCCAGCAAUUGAUAGGGAGUAUUUCUGCACAUGAGUACUAUAAGAAUUGUAAUGAAGAUUUAAAUGACAGGGACAAAUUGAAAGAUCUUGCGAAGGAAAAUCAGUUUAAGAAAUUCAGAGUUUUGAUCAAAAAGAGUGAAAACGAAUACCAAGGAGAGAUUAGGGACAGAUUCACAGCUAUAAAAAUCUUCCCUUCAAGAGUUGCACAAGAAAAUACUCAUCUUCUUGACAUCCUUAAUCAAUAUAAUGGUGCUUAGUAUUAUUUUCAAUAGAAUUCA